GUCAGUCUGAACCAAAAGGAACCAAAACACUCGUUACGCGAUUGGAAGGGUAGACAGAUGGAAGAUCAAUCCAGUGACACGUCGGACGAAGUUGGACCACAGAUUAGGCAUCUUGGAGACUUAGUUAUACAGGCUUUUAGAAAUCUGAAGCAUAUAUAUGAAUCACAACAGGGAACUAAUGGAGAGGCUCGAUUGACUCAAGCCACAGUUACUGCUCGAGCGAGCCCGAAGGAAAUUCACUACGAUCGAUUACAUUCGAGCCUGUUACCCUUGCUGAAGGAGCUACUCACGACGAUCACAAAUCUACUAUUCCCGGGAACCUUACGAAUGGAAGCCGAGUCAAGAUUCAGAAAGGUCUUGGAACUCUUACCGGAGCUGGAUUUCCAGGUCUCUCAGGUCGACUCUGCCGUUCGGAUGAUCUGUCCAGGAACGUUAUCUACAGAGAGCCAAACGGAUGACCAUGACCUGAAGCGAUUCAAGAGGUUUAGACUGAUCGGCCUGAAAGAGAUGCUCGAUCAACUGCUUUCGGAGAUCUGUGUAUUCCUUCAUUCGGCCUCUGAAUACAUCGAAACCAUGGACCUCUCGAGUGGCGGAUUAUUCGAAGAAUACGACGAUGAAAACAAUCCUCAAGCAGAAUCCGAACAAGCAUGCUAUACAGCCAACCGUAUGAUCAAACACUUGAACCGCUCUGAAUUGGAUGUUGCAGAAGGUUGUUGGGCAGGUGCCCUAGAUGCGCUCGAUGAAUUAUUCAAGAAUACCUUCAGCAUCGUCACUCCAAAUGCUCCAGAAACGAGCCCCUUGCGGAGAAAAUUGGUCCGACAACCGGUCAUCCAACUCACUCAACUCACCUUACCGAUCAUCAAACUGAUCAAACUAUUCUUCAAGAAACUCUCAAAGGAUGGGAUGAACCAUAAGAGAAGGCUCAAGCUACCCUCAUUUACCCAGAUGAACUCCCAUCAACUCGAUUCGUUAUCGAAAUCCGCUGGAAAAAUCGCCGUCGAACUCAACGAAAUCGUCCUUCUUUUAACCCAAGCUGAUUUGGCGAUUGCAGAAUGGCAUCGAAUCCAUUUUCAAUCGAUCAUCAAGAUAGCCGAACGUCUUCCUACUCACUUCGAACCCGCUUUACUUUCUGUUGUUCUUUAUCUGAUUCCCUUGGUCGCUCCUCCCUCUGAUCAGAAAUACUACCAGACCUGGUUUGUUACUUGGAACAUCCUCAUCAAUACUGCUCUUCAUAACUUCCGCCGACUCGCUAGAAGCUUGAAUGAGGAGCAAUAACUUUCCCGAGUUUCAUUUUAUCCCUGCCAAUUUAAUUCUUUUACCCUAUAUCAGAAACAGAAGCAUUCUACAUUUUCACACCUAGUGCGCUUAAGAUCCUACCAAAACUGGACCUAGAAUUUCU